UCCAUCAAACCAAAAGGGAAGUGCAGCCAUGGGGGCUUAUCGGACCAGACAAGCAGGCAGGAGCCUACAGGUGGGAUCAACAAGGACUCACUUGAGUCCAGCCAUGGCAACUGGCACACUGCAGCUGCAGAGGUGGCCGUGGCUGCAACCAGCCAGCUGCUGGAGGACAUCAGAGGGGCUGCCGGGGACACAGACUUCCUACGGAUGAUGGGGAUCUCUAGGAAUGGAUCUAGAGUUCUGUGUUUUGUGAUCGACACCACCGGCAGCAUGUCGGACGACAUCGCAGCAGUAAGGGAGACGACGUCGCUCAUCAUCGACAGCAAGAGAGGAACGCCAGACGAACCCUCAGCCUACAUCUUGGUCCCCUUCAAUGACCCAGACUUUGGGCCCCUGAUGCGGACCACGGACCCAGAUGUCUUUAAGGCCCAGAUCAAUGCACUGAGUGCUGAUGGAGGAGGGGAUUUCCCAGAGAUGAGUCUAUCAGGACUUCAGGUGGCUUUAACUGGUGCACCCCCCUCUUCAGAGAUCUUCCUUUUCACCGAUGCCCCCGCAAAAGACUUGAACCUAAUGGGCACGGUGAUCGCUCUCAUAGAACGCACUAAGUCAGUGGUGUCCUUCUUCCUAACUGGCUCUUUGGGGCUCCGUCGUAGGAGGGCUAGUGACCAGGGCCAAGGACAGGUCCAGCACAGUCGGAUGGUAGAGUCAGACUCCCAGCUCUACAUGGAGCUGUCCCAGGCCUCAGGUGGCCAGGCCAUACAGGUCACCAAGACAGAAUUGCCCAAGGCCACCAGCAUCAUUGUGGAAUCCUCCAGCUCUUCAUUGGUGACCAUUCUACAGGCUGUGCGGAGUCCAGGAAGGGCUGAUAAUUUCUCCUUCACUGUAGAUGAGUCUGUGAGAAACCUGACUGCUUAUGUUACAGGAAGCUCCCUCUCCUUCACUCUCACCAGCCCCUCAGGUGUGUCCCAGAGUAGCGGGGAGGUAAAUGGGUCUCUGGCAACGAUUAAAACCGUGGGGAACUUCCUCACACUGGGGCUGGACAGCCAAGCGGGAUUAUGGGAAAUCAGUGUGUCGUCAACUGUGCCCUACUCACUGAAGGUCGUAGGUCAGAGCGCCAUCGACUUCCUGUUUGACUUUGUGGAGGUGUCCCAGGGACCUCAUCCAGCCUUCGCUGUUUUAGAGUCCCGUCCUCAAGCUGGCGGUAAUGCCACCCUGCUGGUGUCAGUGACGGGGAGUGAAUCUGUGAGUCUGACGGAGGUGGCCCUGGUUGAGGCCUCGGGGUCAGGGGAGGUCAGUGGAACCUUGGAAUCAGUCGGCAGCGGAGACUUCCUGGUUACCAUGGACAGAAUCCCGGAUGGGGAGUUUGUUGUGCGUCUGAGAGGAGAGAACAGCGCCACCACCAGGGCAUUACCAGACAGCUUCCAGAGACAGUCCUCCACCCGCCUCAGAGCCUCCACUGUUAUGGUGACGGCUAAGGCAGAAAGUGACCUGGAGCCUGGAACACCCUUUUCAGUCCUGUUCACUGUGACAACCAACGGGACAGGCGGAUCCUUCACCAUCCGGGCCACAAAUGACCGGGGCUUCCCCUCCUCUUCCCCUACAACCCUGACGCUAGUGACCGGGGUCAGUGCCAACGGUACAGUGACCCUCACGGCCCCCGCCAACACCGUGUCGGGCACGGACGUCACCCUGACCAUCGAGGCUGAGUCUCCCGGGGCCACCGACACCAACUACGCCGUCCUGCGCCUCUCCGUUGUUUCACCGGUGACAGAUUUCAGCCGUCCGGUGUGCGAUGUGGUCAGCGUAACAGCCAAUUGUUCUGACGACUGCAGCCUGUCCAUGUGGGAGCUCUCUGCCAACCUGACGGACGGCAAUGGGACGGGCAUCGAGCGCAUCACCCUGCGCCAGGGCAACGGAACCCUCAACACCACCACCACGGUGGAGGGUGCGGGGAAUAUGACCGUGACUCUGGCAGCCUACAGCGCCUCCUGCUGUUCCCCGGAGGUAGAGCUGGUGGCGGUGGAUGGCGCAGGGAACGUGGGGACCUGUUUCAGGUCCAUCAGAGUGACAGUGGAUACCACUGUCCAGCCACCAGUCACCAAUGUCAUCACUGAGAACAGCAUCACCGUGACUCCACCUAUAGUUACCACCACCACCGCGAGCAGGGGCCAUCCUCUAUCCCUCUCCUCGUAUCUCUGUUCCAUCAUGUUGGUCUCUGUCACACUCGUUCUGAGCCGCUAGGUAGCUCAUUUCACUUCUGGUCUUGAAAGAUGUUUAAUCAAAUUCAAUAGUUUCUCUGUUAUAAUACUGUCUGUUAAAUGUCCAUUAUUAUGUCAAGUCUAAUAAUACAUGCCAUUUAGCUGAUGUGUUUAACCAAAGUGACUGACAGUAAUGCGUGCAUACAUUUUAUGUAAAGGUGGCCCUGGGAAUUGAACCCACUAUCCUGGCAUUGCAAGCGCCAUGCUCUACCAACUGAGCUACAGAGGUCUAAGGCCAUGCGGCUUUGUGUCUUUUCAAUGGACCUCAUGUCAUCUGUGCUGAGUGUACCAAAACAAAGUCCCAAGGCAGUCUCUAAAAGGCAUCCUGCAGGGACGGGGGCUUAUAUAUAUAUAGGACAAUAUAUAUAUAUAGGACAAAACACACAUCACGACAAGACAGACCACACUACAUAAGAGAGACCUAAGACAACAACAUAGCAAGGCAGUAACACAUGACAACACAACAUGGUAGCAACACAACAUGGCAACCGCACAACAUGGUAGAAGCAAAAAGGGCAAGAAGGUAGAGACAACAAUACAUCAAGCAAAGCAGCUACAAGUGCCAGUAAGAGUGUCCAUGAUGUCUUUGAAAGAAGAGAUUGAGAUAAAACUGUCCAGUUUGAGUGUUAGUUGCAGCUCGUUCCAGUCGCUAGCUGCAGCGAAAUGCAUAUGGUAUUGAUAAGUAAUCAUAAAUAAUCAUAAUGUAUGUUGAUAUCACUGUAAUUUCUUAUUGGUCUAUAGCAAUAAAGGCUGGCAUUAUUAGGUAUCAAUAAGACACUCUA